GGGUCUUUAGGAAAUUUUUUCGCCACAGCUGACAUGUAUCCAUUUAGCAUACUGAUGAUAAAAGCAUGAACUUUGUGAAACUAGUACCCAUAAGCGUACGGGGAGGGGGAAGAAUGAAACAAAUGUACCGAAAUCUGCGUAAAAACAAUUAUUCUUAUAGCUUUAUGGAAAUGUCUGUCAUCAACUGCAUUUUUACUUAAAUUCCUGUGACGUUCAUGUAAAUACAUGUGGUUAACUAAAGAAACGGGAAAUAUGUACCCCACUCCAAAAUUACCAUAACCCAUGUCUGUCUGAUAAUGUGUUUGUCUGUCCACCUCACAUUUUUAAAAGAAAAAAACACCCAAACAACCAACAUCCUGUUUUUAAAUGAGAUGAAAAUUCAGUUACAGCUGUAUCCGACUGCUAAAUGUAGGCCUAUAUAUAUAUAUAUAGACCUAUACACAAAUUAUUCCAACAAUCCAUCAGCAUAGUGCAAUCAAUAUUGUUAAUUUCACUUCCAUCUCGUUUUGUUCUUCAGAUAGACAGACGUCAUAAUGAGAAUCACUCUACAUCAGAACAACAGUCGGCAGAAUUACAGGGAUCACGACGUCUGGGCGACUUGGAAAUACGAUGCUGAAGCAUUGCAGUACACACAAUAUUUUCCAGAGAUAGUCUCUGAUUACUAGAUACCCUUUAACAGUCAAAUGGACAAUGGAUACACAAUGCUUGAAAAGCACGCACAUUCCGUUUUAUCAAACGCAACACAUACAUUUGUUUUUGAAAGUUGUAAUAAAAGUUAAAAAUAAUAAUAAGACAAUGCACUAGCUACAAACAAGCAAAUGUUUAACACCAUCUACUAUAAAUCAGUUAAUGAGCUAAGAACCUCUUAAACCAAUGCUAUGUAUAAACUACAUGUAUUUGUAGUUUGCAUGUAAAGGAAUUUGUUACAAGACUGGAGAAAGGUUGGUGUUUUAUGCUAUACUUUCCAAAUCGUGGAUGAACGCAAUGUUUAUUGUUCACGUAUUGGUUAAACGUCUAGCGGUAACUUGGAUAGCUACAUGGUUAAGAUCAGAGGCAUGAACAAUUCAACAGAAACGAACUCGACAACCAACACGACAGACACAUCACCAUUUUCUGAAACGAUAUGGGAACUACCUUCAAGUCUGGUGGUCAUCACCCUUGCGUAUCUGUGUGUCAACAUCCUCGUGAGUCUUUUCAUCAACUCUCUUCUGAUCAUUAUCAUCCAGUGCUCGCCAGCUCUGAGGACGCCGCCCAACAGCCAUCUUGUCAACAUCUGCAUCAACAACAUCCUGUUGAGCAUCAGCAUGCUGCUAUCGAUGGUGUGUGUGAAAAUCAACACAAUCGACAUCAGCGAAGAGGGUUCGAAUGCCCUUUCGGGUAUACAGCUGUUCAUUGUGCUCAAUGCGUUGCUCCAGUAUUGGGGAUCAUUCGCUGCCAUUGGUUACUACAGAUUCAAGACCAUCAAAGAACCGUCUCUGUCGCUAAAGACCAGACGACAUAUGGUAUCCAAAUCCAUUUCAGGAAACUGGAUUGUGUCUCUCAUUCUGAGUAUGACUUGCAGUUUAUCUUUUGCAAGUACUUCUUCAGACCUGAACAUCACAUUGGACCCUUUCAGGGUAAAUUAUUACAUUCCAUCUAAACACAAAUUCAGCGUGGAUCAGCUAAUUAUCUUCUUGGUUAUUAUAUGUUCUUUUCUUGUGGGAUUUACAAUAAUAGUGUUCUCAUAUUACAAAAUAUUUAAAAUGUUAAACAUCGCCGUCUCGUUUGCCAAAAACCGUGUGCGACCGUGGCAAAGAACACAAAGUGUUUCAGUGGAAAACUUAGAUGUUCCUGUUCAAAGAACAUACCAACCGACAAAAGCAAAUCCCACACAACAUGCCUUCACAGUAUCAAACAAUCUGGAAAACUGUAUGGUCCAUUACCAAAAAUGCGACCAUAGUUUGUGCUUUGAGGACAUCAUAGCUCUGGAAAAUCCAAUCCAGGCAGCUAGCCGCAAAAACAACCCUCCUAAUAAGAUGCCUGUUCAAGCUACGCUGAGCAAUAUUAGCAUGACCUCCCAGAAAAGCAGGUGUCCAGAUUUCACUGAUAUUUCACUUGGUGCUGAUAUGGACAGGAUUCAAAAGCUGAAGAACUCGUCUGCCUUACAAAAUCAGUCUCUCCGACGAGCCAGAAUGAGCGUUAGCGGCGCGGCCAGGAACUAUUUGGUCAUGUUCUGUGCGUAUCUUGUCUGCUCUAUACCCCUGGUCGUCUGCUCGGUUCCAGGUGCCUUAGACAAAGUAUCUCCAGAGAACAGACUGUUUACACUCUUCUUUUGUCGUCUGCUGUUCUGUGUCAAUGCACCUAUAUACCCAGCUUGGUACCUCUUGUUCAGCAGACGUGUUCGAAAGUGUUUAAGUAAGAUGAAUGAAAAUUUAUUAUCCUGUUUCAGCAUCAGAAGGUAAACAGAGUGGUUUUCUCUUCCUGUGCCAUCGUUUGAAAUAUUUUUGAUACUGGAUGAAUUUCAUCUUAUGGUGUAUGCAGGCUUAGUUAGAAGGUGUGUGUGUGUGUGUGGGGGGGGGGGGGGGGGGUCAUCACGAGUUUUGCCUGGGGUCAAAUGACCGUAGAAGGACUCUGAAUAUACACAGUUGUACUUAGAUAUUAUAUUAUAUUAUUCUUACGACGUUUUAAAAAUGAUUGCCUCAGGUGAGGUGGUUAGCCAAAAGGUCCCUGCUGACUCUGAACACUCUUGGCAGUACAUGUACACUAUACAUAUAUGUAUCUCAUAUUCAAUCAUCAAGAUAAAAACCAUGGUAAUUAAGACAUGUAAUUACUGGAUUUGUAUCCUGGUACUGGCUCCCAUCCAGAGUGAGUUUAAUGACUCUGUGAGUAAUCCACUGUCCCCGAAGACAACUCAAAUAGCUAACAUGUGUUCAAAGGACAGCGUGCUUGAAACUUUUGGAUAUACAUGUAAGCAUGAAAAUAAGUAUUAAUGAAUGAAUGAAUGAAAGCACAGGUCUGAACUGUUUAUUUGUUUAAAUGGUAGUGAUAGUUUUGAUUUAUACAUUUUGGUAAUCUAAAACAUAUAUAUUUUGUACAUUUUGUUGUUCGGUAAAUCAUACAGAAUAUGUUUUUUUGCGAUUAUUUAAUUUAAUUGUCUUUACUUAUUUAAAUUUACUAUAUACAAUAUUAAAAUGUGUACCUAGUGAGUAUAUUUCACCUAUUAUGUACCAAAAGAGUUAACAAUACCACUGAAGAUUUAUAAAUGUCCAAUAUUUUUUUUAAAGAUGUAUUAGUUUAUUGGUUGAAUAAUUAAAAUAAUAUUUGGUUUUGUCCACUUUGUCAAAACUAUACAAUAAAAAUAUUAAUUCUAAGCUACUUUGGUAAUACAUAAUAUAAUAAUGUCAAUGACUAAACACUGGUAUUUGAUCACUAUAUUGUUUACCUUCAUUGUUUGACAUAUAUAAUUAUUUUUUGAUUAUUAUAUGACGUGAAUGUUAUUAAAAUAUUGUGGUUAAUAUUAAAUGUUAUUAUUUUAUCUUUUUAUUUUUUCAUUAACAAAAUAUUGCAAUGGACAUGCUAGUCCAAUGCAUCAAACAUAUUUUGGUGAUGUUAUAUCCUGUGGAGAUUCAAACUUAGGCUUAUACUAAAAAUUAGUUUUUCCUGAAAUCCAACAUUACCUAGAAAAAUGGGCUGUAAACAUAUUUUUCCCCAGUGUUAUUAUUAUUAUUAUUAUUAUGAAUGUGAAAAACGUACAUACAUAACAAGUUAUCAGGACCUGUAGAGGUGAAUGUACUGGUAGUUUUAAAAAGAGGCUGACCCACGAUACAUUAUUUUAGUUUUGUCACAUUCUUGGAAACACACUUGUUUUUUUUUAAGCCUAAGUACUUUUUUUGUAAACGUUUCUACUCAAGCUGCUUAUACAAUAUUGGACAUGGUCCACCUAAAUGUUGGCUAGCUACUCUUAUCAAUGGACAUUAUUCGAUCUAUGGCUUACUCGGAAAUGUAGCCAACCAUCAAAUUUAUGGAAAUCUAGAACGAUUGGAGCAAUGUUUCCAAGUCUGCAAUAAAUACAUAGACUUUUAAGUAUAAUGGUUUUAUUAAUUAAUCAAUACCAUUGCUUUUAAAGUACAGCCAAAACCUAUCAACCCUGGAAGUGUGAUACUGAUACAAAGUGUGCAUGUAUGUGUGUUGGUUUAGGAAAGGUGAGACAAAGAGCCGACUAAAUGUACACCAAUAGUGGAGAAAAUAUUGAGCUGGACUCAUUUGGGAUGUAAUUCAGACAUUUGUUUAAAGGGAGAGUAAACUAAAACAUGAGCCUUAUGUGUUGGAAAGAUGUAUACCCGGACCACCAACACAUACUGACAUUUUAACAAAUGAAAAACGCGUAAUUUUAGAGUUAAUAAAAACCCCAUAAUUAUUCCUGCUAAGUGGGGGCAGCCAUUUUCUUUUGUUUUCGAAGCGUCCAAUACUCUAGUGGGGAAGGAAGUAACAU